AUGCUUCGUGGAGCUGGGCACGGGGGCGGCGAUGCGCGGAGGCGGGCACUGCGCUCGUCGCGGCGGCGGCUGCCGGGGUGGAUCUGGUGGCUUCUCGGGAUCUUCCUCCUCGUUGGGCUCAUGCUCUUCGUCCUGCACCACAACCAGAAGGAGCAGUUCCGGCCGCCCGUCGUGGAUAAUGGUUCAGAGAUCAACGAAGUCCCUCAUGAGAAAGUGAAUUUCUCAGAAGAGCUUUUGAGCAGCACAUCAUUUGCUCGCCAAUUAGCUGAUCAGAUGACUCUAGCAAAGGCAUAUGUCAUCCUUGCAAAAGAGCAUGGUAAUCUUCAGCUUGCAUGGGAGCUUAGUUCACAGAUAAGGAAUUGUCAAAGAUUGCUAUCUGAAGGGGCAGUUAGUGGGAGAGCAAUCACUAAAGUUGAAGCCCAUCCUAUAAUAAGCCGGCUAGCACGGUUGAUAUACAAGGCUCAGGACUCUCACUAUGAUAUCAGCACAACAAUAGUGACAUUGAAGAACCAUGCCCUGGCACUAGAGGAGCGUGCAAAGGCAGCAAUUGUGCAGAGUGCUGAGUUUGGCCAGUUAGCAGCAGAAUCCUUCCCCAAAAAUCUGCACUGUCUAACUGUGAAACUGACAGAGGAGUGGCUUCGGAACCCAAAGCAUAGGAGUCGCUCAGAGGAGAACCGGAAUUCCACACGAUUGGUGGAUAAUAAUCUGUAUCAUUUCUGUAUAUUCUCGGAUAACGUGCUGGCCACUUCAGUUGUUGUCAAUUCUACAGUCUCUAAUGCAAAUCAUCCUCAACAGCUUGUGUUUCAUGUGGUCACCGACAGAAUCCAUUUUGGCGCGAUGUCAACUUGGUUCCUCAUAAAUGACUUCAAAGGUUGUACUGUUGAAGUCCGCUGCAUAGAUGAGUUCUCGUGGUUGAAUGCUUCUUCAUCUCCUCUUGUGAGGCAGCUAUCUGAGGUGGAAACUCAGGGUUACUAUUACUCAGCUGGUUCCAAGAAUCCUGAAAGAGAAAUAAAAUUCCAUAAUCCAAAGUUUGUUUCUCUACUGAACCAUUUACGGUUCUACAUUCCUCAGAUACUUCCCAACUUGGAGAAGGUGGUGUUUCUUGAUGAUGAUGUUGUGGUGCAAAAGGAUCUGACUCAGCUGUUGUCCAUAGAGUUGCAUGGCAAUGUCAUUGGAGCAGUGGAAACUUGUUUAGAGUCGUUUCAUCGGUAUCACAAGUAUCUAAAUUUUUCGCACCCAACCAUCAGCUCCAAGAUUGAUCCACAUACUUGUGGAUGGGCUUUUGGAAUGAACAUUUUUGACUUGAUAGCUUGGAGGAAGGCAAACGCCACAUCAUUGUAUCAUUAUUGGCAAGAGCAAAAUUCUGAUCAAUUGCUCUGGAGAACAGGGACUCUUCCUGCAGGUCUUUUGACAUUUUACGGCCUGAUGGAGCCCCUAGACCGCAGAUGGCAUGUCUUGGGUCUUGGGUAUGAUGUAGACAUAGAUGAUCGUUUGAUUGAGAGUGCUGCUGUUGUGCACUAUAAUGGAAACAUGAAACCCUGGCUGAAGCUGGCAAUUCGCCGUUACAAGUAUAUAUGGGAGCGGUAUGUGAAUAUCUCACACCCGUAUGUUAGAGAGUGUAUGUUGCAUUAG